GAAAAAAAAGGGGUUUUUGUCUGCGCCUCAAAACCCUCCACCUCCGGCGUUCUAGCUCCAAAAGCUAGUUUUUCCUUCUUUUCUUUUCUUUUCUUUCUUUUUAUUUUUUGGGCGAACCCAGCGGAGUCCAAAAAGCCUUCCCCGUCUCCGGCCACCAGACGUUCCGAUCCUUGGUGGCCGAUUCCAGCUACGUGUUUUAUUUGGAUUAAUGAUGGGCAACGGUCCAGCUCCAUUUUCUGAUAUCGGGAAGAAGGCAAGAGAUCUUUUGACGAAAGAUUACAACUUCGAUCACAAGGUCACUUUGACAACAUUGAGUGAUGCUGGACUGGGGCUUACGGCUACAGGUGUGAAGAUAGAUCAGCUAUUUUUUGGUGAUAUAAGUACUCAAUAUAGAAGUGGGAAAACAACUGUCGAUGUCCAAGUUGAUACCAAUUCCAGUGUCUCGACUACAGUUACUGUUAAUGAAUUAGUUGCUGGUGUCAAGACUUCAUUCAGCUUCAGAAUACCUGAUCUAAAGCCUGGCAAGCUUGAUGUGCAAUACCUUCGUGACCAUGCAGCGAUUAAUUCUAGCAUUGGUUUAACACCUACACCUUUGCUGGAGUUAGCAGCAGCUAUUGGCAGAACGGAACUUACUCUUGGUGCUGAGGUUGGGUUUGAUAGUGCUUCUGCAUCUUUCACCAAAUACAAUGCUGGGAUUGGCUUUAACAAACAUGAUCUCUCUGCUGCCCUGAUUUUGGCUGACAGGGGAGAGACCUUAAAAGCUUCUUAUGUUCAUGUGGUGAAUCCAGUCACUGGAGCUUCAGUGGCUGCUGAAAUGAUCCACAGGUUCAACACAUAUGAGAAUAGUUUCACCAUUGGAAGCUGCCAUGCUCUUAAUCCCCUAACAACAGUAAAGACGCGGUUUAACAACAGCGGCAAGGCUGCACUCCUCUGUCGGCAUGAAUGGAGGCCAAAAUCAUUCCUUACUCUUUCAGCUGAGUAUGAUCCCAAGGCAAUAAAUGUGCCAUCGAGGGUGGGUCUUGCACUUGCUCUCAAACCUUGAUUGGAUAAGCUCUCCUAAUCAGGGUGAGAAUGUUUCAUGUUUUAAUGUCAUUAUUUUUUUUAUUUAAACAAAGCUUGCUUUUGGGUUAAUAUCUAAGGAAGUGGAUGUAUUUUUGAGUUCAGAAACACGUGGCCGAGGGUCCAUACUCAAUUUUGACAGAAAUUCAUCAUAAUUAUACAAGUUCAUAUAACACUGUUCUCUAA